AGGGGUUAGCUCAAUACCAGAUCUUAAAGGAUGUGAUAUUGAUGGUACAAUAUACAAUAUUGGAGAUGAGAUUAAGCAGGAUGACCCAUGUACCAAUUGCAGAUGUGAAUUGCAAUAUGGAACGCAGAGGGGCUUUAAGAUGUGUUCAAUUAUUGACUGUGCACCAACCUUCUGUGAGAAUCCACUCUAUAUUGAAGGAGUUUGUUGUCCUACAUGUGAACCUUUAGGAAAAGGUUGUGAUAUUGAUGGCAAGUUGUACAAUAUCGGAGAUGUGAUUGAACAAGACGAUCCGUGUAUGGAAUGUAAAUGCGAACAACUAGAGUACGGGACAACAAAGGGAACCAAAAUGUGUUUAACUAUGAGUUGUCAAGCACCACCAUGUGAUAAUCCAGAAUAUAUCGAAGGAGUGUGUUGCCCUGUGUGUGAUCCUGGAGAGAAAGGAGUGUGCAAAUACGACGAUAAAUACUUUCAAAAUGGCUCCUCCUUCCCCGCUAACGAUGGAUGCAACAGGUGUACUUGUACCGAUAGACAGGUUCUAUGUACAGAAAUACAUUGUGAGAAACCUGGUAUGUGCCCAAGAAUCGAUUCUGAUUCUGCAGGUAUAUGUACACAUGAAUGUGACAAAGAUGACAGGUGCCAAGGCAAAAAGAAAUGUUGCUCAAAUGGAUGUGGAAAGAUCUGCGUGAAUCCAAUAG